UAAGCGGGCACAUGUUGCUUGCUUGGCACUACCCUACUACCAUAAAUACGAUUCACCGCAAUCACUCAGUCGGCAACAACAACAACUACAACAAUAACAAAAAGAAGCCAACUUUAAACGAAACGCAAGCAACGAAGCAAUAACAACAACCACAGCAACAAAAGAAACACUUCAGUCAAAGCAAUGUGACUGUCCAAGCAGCGCCCCAGUUAGUGAGUGAAAAGCGUGGAAAAGCUUAAAGCAAAAAUAACAAAAACAAUUGUCAGAAGCAAAAAACAAACAAUCAAAAAAGCGAGAGAAGAACUCCCAAGACAUUAACAAGCAGAAAAAAAAACACAAAAACAAAAAGCGAAAGCAAAGGCAGAAGAAAAAAAAUACUCAGAAAUCGAAAUUAAAAACCGAUGGCAACAACAACAACAGCAGCAGCAACAGCCGCCGAAGUUGCAACAGCAACAUCGUCCAAAACGCCACAGUUGCAGUUGCAAUUGAAGUUUCAGUCGCCGUCGUCUGGAGCCGUUGCCGGGGCCACCAAAUGCAGCAGUGCUCCGAUUAAAAUACCGCUAAGCGAGCGCUUCUCGACGCAAACGUCGACGGGAUCUGCGGACAGCGGCGUUAUUGUGAGCAGCGCCUCGCAAAAGCAGCUGUGUGCGCAGUCCGCCUCCCAGACGCUGCUGCCGCUGCACCCAGUGCGCAGUAGCUCCGGUUCGUUGAGUCUGCAUGGCACACAGCCCAAGUGGCAGAAGCAGCGCCAACUGCUCUCCCAGGACAGUGGCAUUGAGCAUGUAGGAGGCGGCAAGGGUCAGAAGCAGCCAGGGGGCAGUGGCGGUGGUGCCGGCGGCAGUGUUGGUGGCGUGGGAGUCGCCGGACAGAGCAACUCCAGCAGUGAAUCACUGGGCGGCGCCUCCACCAAAUACUCCUCGGAGGAUGGCGGCAGCAGUGGCACAGAAACGGGCAUCGGUGUACGCGGACAUGGGCGGACACGCGCCGCCUCUGCCCUGGAGCUGAGCAGCGUAGCUGCGGCCAGCGCGGGCGCAGGUGUGGGAAACAGCCUCAGGCGUAUCAAGUAUAAGAGCACCAAUAGCACCGGUACGCAGGGCUUCGAUGUGGAGGAUCGCAUCGAGGAGGUGGACAUUGGCGAUGACGACGACGACGAUGAUGAUGAUGUCGAUGUGGAUGAUGAGGAUGAUGGCGUGGGUGUAGACGAGCCCGAUGUGGAGGAGGAGGAGGACGAAGAAGAGGAUACACAAUCGGGAAUUGUCAUAAAUAUAGGUGCACGAGGGGCUGAUCAAACAGAUGCUGGAAAAUCCAUCUCCAAAGAUGCAGUGCCGCAAUCCCACAUCUCUGGCAUUGAGCCCACACUGACGGUGGCGGCGGCAGCGGCCAAGCAGCGCGACAUCAAAAAUCUAGGCACCGACGGCUUCAUCUACUUCCCCCUGCUGAAGAUAAGCGAAGAUCCAUACAUAGAUGCCAAGCUGAUCAAUCGCAAGGAUGGACUGCAGGACACCAUGUACUAUCUGGACGAGUUCGGCAGUCCAAAGCUGCGCGAGAAGUUCGCACGCAAACAGAAACAGCGCGCGGCCAAACAGCAUAAGUUGCAGAUGAAAAGGGAGCGGGAGGAGCAGCGCAAGAAGCGUAACACCACAGUCGCCUCCAAUCUGGCGAACAUCAGCAGCACCACCAACACAAGCACCACCACCAAAGAUGCGCAUGCGCACCACUGUGAUAGUAGUAGAGUGAUAAGCGAGGCGGAUGCGAGUGCGGAUGCUGAUACCGAUUAUGUUGAGGGUGUGGUUAAGAUGCGUGGACGCAGCCACAGUCACGACAUUCGUCAUCUGCAGCACCACCACCAGCACAGCGACGAGGACGAUGGCGAUGAUCAUGAGAAUGAUGAUGACAUUGAGACGGCCGCGGAGCCGACGCUGGAUGGCGGCAUUGGCGGCGGCAGCCUCGAGAACGUUAAGACUGCUAAACUGGGUAGAACCCAAUCCUGCGUUAGUUGGACCAAAGUGGUGCAAAAGUUUAAACAUAUUCUAGGUCGUGAUGGUUCCAAAAUUACAACAGUCGUUGCAACACCCGGCCAAGGCACCGAUCGUGUACAAGAAGUUUCCUAUACAGAUACAAAAGUCAUCGGUAAUGGCAGCUUCGGAGUCGUCUUUCAGGCGAAGCUCUGCGAUUCCGGCGAACUGGUUGCAAUCAAGAAAGUUUUACAAGACAGACGAUUUAAGAAUCGCGAAUUGCAAAUAAUGCGCAAAUUGGAACAUUGUAAUAUUGUAAAACUUUUAUACUUUUUCUAUUCGAGUGGUGAAAAGCGUGAUGAAGUAUUUUUGAAUUUAGUCCUCGAAUAUAUACCAGAAACCGUAUACAAAGUGGCACGUCAAUAUGCCAAAACCAAGCAAACGAUACCAAUUAACUUUAUACGGCUCUACAUGUAUCAAUUGUUCAGAAGUUUGGCUUACAUCCAUUCGCUGGGCAUCUGCCAUCGUGAUAUCAAACCGCAAAAUCUGCUCCUCGACCCGGAGACGGCCGUUCUCAAGCUGUGCGACUUUGGCAGCGCCAAGCAGUUGCUGCACGGCGAGCCCAAUGUAUCGUACAUCUGCUCCCGGUAUUAUCGUGCACCCGAGCUCAUAUUUGGCGCCAUUAAUUACACAACAAAGAUCGACGUGUGGAGCGCCGGUUGCGUCUUAGCUGAAUUAUUGCUGGGUCAGCCCAUAUUCCCCGGCGAUUCCGGUGUGGAUCAACUGGUAGAAGUGAUCAAAGUUUUGGGCACACCGACAAGAGAACAAAUACGCGAAAUGAAUCCAAACUAUACGGAAUUCAAAUUUCCACAAAUUAAGAGUCAUCCAUGGCAGAAAGUUUUCCGUAUACGCACUCCGACAGAAGCUAUCAACUUGGUAUCACAGCUGCUCGAGUACACGCCCAGCGCGCGCAUCACACCGCUCAAGGCCUGUGCACAUCCGUUCUUCGAUGAGCUGCGCAUGGAAGGCAACCACACCUUGCCCAAUGGCCGCGAAAUGCCGCCGCUCUUCAACUUCACAGAGCAUGAACUCUCAAUACAGCCCAGCCUAGUGCCACAGUUGUUGCCAAAGCAUCUGCAGAGCACCGCUCAUGCGGGCGCUGGUAAUCGGGCCUCGGCCGGCGGCGCAACGGCCACCGCGGCCGCUGGCACCACCGGCGGUGCGACAACGGCCAGUGGCGCGUCAGCGGACGGCGCCGCACAGUCCCAGCAGCAAGCACAGUCGGCGGCGGCGGCACCAGCUGCAGCCGGUUCAGCGGUCGGUGGCGCACAGGCCAACAAUAGCAGUGGAGGUGGCGCAGCAGCAGCUGCUGGCGGUGCGUCAGUAGCGGCUGCGCAACAACAGCAGGCCAAUGUGGCUGGCGGUGGUGGUGGUGGUAGUGGUGCGGCGGUUGCGGCUGCAGCUGCAACUGGCGCAACCGCUACAACCAACGCUGGUGGCGCUAAUGUAACAGUACGUCUAAAGUCUAUACUGGUCAAGAAGAAUCGUAAGCCAGCACGAUUGCCGCCGUGGCGGCCUUGCAAAAUACUGCCGAAGUUCCAACGACCCGAGAUGCGUGGUGCGGUCCGCAAGGGGGGGCGCAAUACGACCGUACGAUUUGUGACAGAAAGGGAUAUUAUUAAUGAUAAUGCAGCCAGCGCCCCCGUACACUCCAUACCAUGUUGAUGAAGUGCCGAUGCUGAGCCCGAUGAUGAUGUCAAGAGUUCAAAUUCCAAUUCAAGAUCCAUUUCCCUCCAGCAAUUUUCAAGCAACUAGAACACUUCAAUAUGGCAUAUUUAUUUUCAAGUUCCCAAUACUACUACUAACAAGCUAAUAAAAUUCUGAAUCCUGCAGUCAGUAAAAAUCUAAAA